AUGGCGACAUCGACGACGAGCAAUCGCUUCGCCCACCGCAUGCUCAACCUCCACCGCGUCAUCAAGAACAACCUCGUAUCAUGCCUCCUCGGGCGCCAUCAUCGCCAGACCACGCCGGGAACGACGGGAGCACCCGCCUUGCCGCCAGCACCACGUUUGCUCGGUAACAGCAAGACCACGGUGGUGGUUGACGUCGACGCGCUACUCCUCAAGUCUUCGGCCCCGUCCGCGGCCACAUUAUUCCCGCCUUUCUUCCUCGUCGCCGUCGAGGCUGGUAACUUCGCCCGGGGAUUCCUCCUGCUCGCGCUCUACCCGUUGCUGCGCGUCCUGACGCACGAGACGUGUUUGAAGGCCAUGGUCAUGGUCGCCUUCUGCGGGCUGCGGCGCAACGAGGCGGCGAGGAUCGGCAGGGCCGUGCUGCCCAAGUAUUUCUUCAGGGAGGCGACGCGCGUGGAGGCGCUAGCGGAGGUGGCCGGAGCGCUGCCGAAAGAGGUGAAGGUGGCGGCGUUGAGCAGAUCUUUUCCGACGGUGAUGAUCGAGGCGUUCUUGAAAGAUUACCUGGGGUUCGACGCGGUGGUCGGCAGGGAGGUGAAGUCAGGUUGCGGGUACUUCUCUGGCGUGAUGGAGGACGAAGAAACCAACACUGAGAGGCUUAGUGACGCUCUUAAUAAAACCGAGAAGAAGAACAUCACAUGCCGUUACCCGAAGCCGAUGGUCUUCCACGACGGUCGGCUGGCGUUCACGCCGACGCCGGCGGCCGCGUUCGCCAUGUACAUCUACUUCCCCUUCGCCAUCAUCCUCGCCGUCGUCCGCAUCGCCAUCUUCACAGUCCUUCCACGGCGCGUGACGGGCGUCGCCGCCAUGCUCGCCGGAGUGCGGGUGCGUGUCACCGGCGCUCCUCCUGCCGCGGCAGACGGCGCCGGCCGGCUGUACGCGUGCAAUCACCGCACGCUCCUCGACGCGAUCGCCAUCUCCACCGCGCUCGGGAAGACCGUCUUCGCCGUGACCUAUAGCCUGAGCUGGCUGUCGGAGCUGAUCUCGCCUAUCCCGUUGCUCCGGCUGACCCGCGGCCGCGAGGAGGACCGGCGCCGCAUGGCAUCGCUGCUGGCGCGAGGCGACGUCGUUGUGUCCCCCGAGGGGACGACCUGCCGUGAGCCGUACCUGCUCCGGUUCAGCCCGCUGUUUGCCGAGCUCGCCGACGAGGUCAGCCCCGUGGCGGUGAACGAGCGCUCGAGCAUGUUCUACGGCACGUCCACGUCGCCUGGCGCCAAGUGCUUCGACUCGGUGUACUUCCUGAUGAACCCGCGGCCGGAAUACUCCGUCCACUUCUUGGAGCCGGUGCCCACGGCCGGCCGGAGCAGCAGUAUCGAGGUGGCGAACCAGGUGCAAGGCUUGCUCGCCGACGCGCUCGAUUUCACGCCAACGGCCCUGACGAGGAAGGAAAAGUACUUGCUGCUCGCCGGGAACGAAGGGACAGUGACGACCAAGAAAAGCAAAGGCAAUUAA